GAAGAAGAAGAAGAAGAAGAAGAAAUGGGACACCACAUACGUAAUUUCCCGUGCCAGUAGUAAACAGGAAGCGCACUGAUACCGUAAGGAGACGUCAAUUGAAAGAAACAUGGAGGGUUUGAAGUUUUCUAGCAACACCAUGCAGGUGAGUUUUGUGUGUCAGCGCUGCAGUCAGCCACUGAAGCUCGACACAUCCUUCAACGUCUUAGACAGAAUGACUAUCCAUGAGCUCACAGCUCCAUUAUUGACUGUGACAGCCAAUAAACAGUCGGAAAGCAGUGAGGGCAGCCGUUUUCCUGAGUCAAGCCAGGUUGAGUUAGCAGUGGAGGAGAGCACCUUUGAUCACCAGGGAGUCAGUCAAGAGAGAGAGACCUUUUUGGAGAGCAAGCAGGAUGGUGUGUCUCGGAAAUACAUCCCACCCGUAAGGAUGAUGUCAACCGAAAGUGCAAAUAGUUUCACUCUAAUUGGAGAAGCUUCAGAUGGAGGAACCAUGGAGAACUUGAGUCGCAGGCUGAAAGUGACAAGUGAUCUGUUUGAUAUCAUGUCUGGUCAGACAGACAUUGAUCACCCACUGUGUGAGGAGUGCACGGACACACUACUCGACCAUCUGGACACUCAGCUCAGCAUGACAGAAAAUGAAUGCCAGAAUUACAAGAGCUGUUUAGAGUUGCUGUCUCAACUACCAGAGGAGGAGGAAGCCAGUCUACUGAAUGCAUUGCAGCAGUUGAAACAAGAGGAGGAAUCUCUGAUCCAGGAGCUUGAGAGCAUUGAAGUGCAGCGUGAAGCCGUGGCCAAAGAGCUGGCUGAGGGACGCAACCAUAACCAGCUGAUGGAAACCGAAGAACUUCAGUAUCAGAAGGAGUACUGCGAGUUUAAGAGACAGCAGUUGGAGUUGGAUGAUGAUCUUAAGAGUGUGGACAAUCAAAUGCGUUACUGUCAGAUUCAGUUGGACAGACUCAAGAAGACCAACGUUUUCAAUGCCACCUUUCAUAUCUGGCACAGUGGGCAGUUCGGAACAAUAAAUAACUUCCGCCUAGGCAGAUUACCCAGUGUACCAGUGGAAUGGAAUGAGAUAAAUGCAGCCUGGGGUCAAACUGUACUUCUGCUGCAUGCACUUGCAAACAAGAUGGGACUAUGCUUUCAGAGAUAUCGACUAGUUCCUUAUGGAAACCAUUCCUAUUUGGAAUCUCUCACAGAUAAGUCCAAGGAGUUGCCGUUGUAUUGCUCAGGUGGUCUCCGAUUUUUCUGGGAUAAUAAAUUUGACCAUGCUAUGGUGGCCUUCCUAGACUGUGUCCAGCAGUUUAAAGAUGAGGUGGAGAAGGGCGACACAGGCUUUUGUCUGCCAUAUAGAAUGGAUGUGGACAAAGGAAAGAUCGAGGACACAGGUGGCAGUGGAGGUUCUUACUCUAUUAAGACUCAGUUUAACUCAGAGGAACAGUGGACCAAAGCCCUCAAGUUCAUGCUCACUAACCUGAAGUGGGGUCUGGCCUGGGUCUCCUCGCAGUUUUACAACCGUUAGAUUUGAUCUCAACUCUUGAUACCUGAUCAGUGACACCAGGAAAUCACAUGAAAUCUUCACAGUACUAAGAUCAUAAUUUACCUAAUUAAAAUAUUUUUGUGUGUGUUUAUGUUUUGUGUUUAACUGUUAAACACCAUUAAAUACCAGUGAUAUGAA